AUGAUCGGCACAGCGAUCAAAUUACCUGAGGAUGAAGCCACUCCGGAACGUCGAUCAGAGAAACUGUUCAACCAGAUGGACACAGAUCGUGACGAUCGAUUGUCGUUGGAGGAGUUCACGCUCGGAGUGAAAUCGGACGAUAUGAUGCUUCGUGUUCUAGCCAUGAACACAAGCGAUCCAGAUAUCCGACUCAAUGUGGAAGGGGCUAACCCGAAAGACGAUUGUCCACCCUCAAGUGGACCACCUCUUGAGCCAAGGCGAUCCGUCGCAGAUUGUCAGGCAUUAAAAUCCAGCUCAGAUUUCAAUUUGGGCACAGGAUCAUCCAAACAUCUGCGCACUACGCCUGGAUGCACGCGUACUCACCUGUUCUCGGAUUCGAACAGCUCACAACGAUAG